CCUGCAGACCAAAUCAACAUUAACAAAAAGAGUAUUUUCUUACAACAAAAAUGGCUUCUUCAUCCAAGAUCAAUGUCAUGAUAGCUGUUGUUGUGCUUGUUGUAUCAGUAAUGUCAAUUGGGGAAGCGACAGCAGCUCGGCGUCUUCAGCAAAUGGGUGGUUUUCCCUCAUUCCCUAUGCCUACUAAUCCAGGUUUUCCUAGUCCAUCAACUGGUGGUGGUUUCCCCUCAUUCCCUAUGCCUACUACUCCAUCAACUGGCUUUGGUGGCCUGCCUAAUUUUCCAUUUCCCUCAUUCCCCAACACUCCAGCUGAUCCCAAUGUUCCUGCACAAACCACUACUCCUUGAAAUGUGACUUCAUAUCUUCUGAUGAUGCAAUUAACUUCUAAUUAUGUGUUUCUAUUGUUUAAAUUAAAUUGCUUAUAUAGUGAAGCAAUUGUUGCUUAAUGUUUGUUGUUAUUUAUGUAUCUAAGCUUUCAAUACUACUA